AUGUCGAUUCGACCAGCACUCAACGACAUUCGAGAUGAAACGAAAAUCCUUAAGGAGCACCCAAAGUCAUGCUCAAAAUUUAGAAAACCUAAGUGGAUAAUGGACGCGAAAAAUAAAAUCGAAUACGAGAAGUGCUGGGAUCAGCAGAGUGGGCGUGAAGAAAAGACAGCUCAUAUGGAGCGAAAUAAUAAAAUUUCCAACGACCGACUUUCUAUCAACCUUGGCACUGAUGAAAUAGUUGGCCAAUUUACGCAUUUUAAUGGAGUUGAUGACAUGAUGAAGCCACACUGCAUAAUCAUAGAGAACACGGUAACUGCUUUAUGCAAUGCAAUGAAUAAUGGAAUGUGUCGGCUAGACAACGCCAUGAUGAUUGGAAAUAUUCCUGCCAUGCACUUGUCAAUUUCUGGAAGCCUCACGACCACGAACGUCAUUAUGGCGAAUUGGUCGAGAGAGAUGUGGCAAGGUGUGGUGAACAGAGCGGUUCGAAUGCUGGCAUCGGGUCCAUUUCGUACGAACUUCGCCUCGGCAUUUGCAACCGUCGACUGA